UAGCUUCUCAACUUCAUGUCACCAUGAUGGCGGCUUGCAGCUCCUGCGUGGAACCUGUUACGGUGCAACCAAUGGCAGUCCAGCCAGUGCCAGUGCCCAAGCCAGUGGCUGUUCCCAAGCCCAUGGUGGUCACAAAGCCAUUGGUUGCCGCCCACCAACCGGCUAAAGCUCACCAGCCGCUUCCAAAAGCUCGUGGUCGUCAACUUCGACUGGUGGCAACUCCUGUGAAAGCAUCAGAGCUAAUUGCAGAAGCAACAGAGGUGCUGCAAGGGCGACCGAACUCCCAAGCUUCGGGCCAUUCAUCGGCACCUACGCCAUUGCCCCGGAAGCCGAACGAAGAUGCAUCGGGCGUCGCUGAAGGCAGUUCCUUCAGGUCUUCAACAGCUCGAUCCCGAUCACAGGGCGCGAAACAGCCAGCUAUGUUCGCCAGAAUAGAAGGCGUGGCGACGCAAAUGCAGCAGGAGCUUGAUGAGGUAAAGGCCUUCUUUGACAAUUGUUGGGAUGCAGAGCACAAGGACAAGCCCUUUGACAUCCCAGAGCCUUCGAACCCACCCGUCCAGCCCCAGCGUGUUGUGCAUCCGCAAGUCCGGCCACCACAGGAGCCCUGCACAAGCAGCGGCUUCAGCAGCCCCACUGGCGAUGCCACACUCAGACACCCAGGCCAAAGCACGCUCAACCCAACCCUCGUGUAUACAACGGUCCGGCAUGCUCCACUGGCGACACCAAACUGGCAGUGGGAACUGCAGAACCGCAAGUGGCGCGCCAACGCAGAGCACAUUGUCAAGUUGGAGUCCGACUGGGCGCAGCGUGUCAAGGAGGUGGAAGAAGCAGCUUCUCGUUCUGAUGAACGAGCUCGCCUUGCUGAGGAAGCCCAUGGCCGCUUGCUUCAAGCAAAAGCCGACCUAGCGGACGAAGCAAAGAUUCGAGAAAGGCAAUUGAUGGCAGAGGUCGCAAAGCUGAAGGAGGAGCAUCAAACAGCUCUGGAGGCUCAAGAUGCCAGUUUGAAAAGGCACCAGGAUGAGAGUUCAGACCUUGAGACAGAGCUCCAAGGUCUCCGCGAAGAGGUCAAGGCCUUGGAGGAUGAGAGAACGCAGAUUCUCUCUGAGAGGGAUGUGCUGCGAGAGGAACUGGGCUCUGCUUCCAAAAGCCUUGAGGCGCAGCUGCAGCAUGGAGUGGAGCUGAAGAACGAAUUGGCCAAGUUGCACUCCGAGCUGGAUGGUCUCAGAGAACGAAGGGACGCUCACCAGGAUUUGGAGCAGAAAUAUCGACAUCGCAUCGAAGAGCUGCAGGCCGGCUUAGCCACAGCGCGGCAGACGAUCGAGGCCCAGCAGGCUGAAUUGAAGAGCUCCAUGACAACACUGCCGGCUUCAGAGCAGUUGAACCAUUCAUGCACAGACUUGGAUGAAUCUGCUGAAGUCCAUCAAGCAAUGCAGAGAGCUAUGGAGCAACUGCAAAAUGAGUUGGCAACAGAGCAAACUGUGGCAGAGGAUCAGCGGCGCCUCUCCUCGCAUUUGAAGCAAAAGUUGCUCACAUUGGAGGAGGAGCUGGGACAGUCUCACAGGCACUGUGAAGAGCAAACAGGCCGCGAAUCCAGCCUCAAGAGACAGCUAAGUCAGAAAGAAGCUGCUUUGGCAAAGGCGAGGCAGAAGAUUCAGACCUUUGAGUCUCUGAACAAGGACCUGGACCAGGCUGUUGCAGACCUCCAAUUGGAUUUGGCAGGAACAAAGAGUCGUGAAGAAAGCCAUCAAAGUCGCAUGUUUGCUUUGAAGCAGGAGCUCAGUGAGAGGGACUCAGCAUUGCGCGAUCUGAGGAGAAAAGCGGAGGCAUUGCAGGAGCGCAAGCAGCGUGCAGAAGCAGAAGCCAAACAUGCACGCGAGGAGCUCCUGCUGUCGCAGCAGGCCUGCGAGGGCUUGCAAGGCCGCAAAGCUGAUUUGGAACAACAGGUGGGUGGCUUGGAAAAAGAAUGUGGCAAAAUCCCAGAGAUGUCAUUGGCAAAGGAUGAGUUGGAAACCUCCCUCAAGAAGCAAAUAUCCCAGCUGGAAGAUGAGCUGGCUAAAGUGAAGCUAGCUCACGACAGUGACCAGCUCGCAAUAGCAGCGUUGCAGCAGCAAGUGGUCGAGUUAGAGCGAGAGUUUGGCAUCAGGCAAGAAGAGCUCGACAGUCAUGUCGCUUCUGGUGCAGCACUGCAAGCACAGACAGCAGCACUUGAGAAGGAGCUUUGCAAGACAAAGGAACAGCUUCAAGAAGCUUCCAGCGAACAGUCUGCUUUGCAGCAGGCCUUGGAACGGCAGUCAGGCAUCGAAAUAGAGUUGCAUUCCAAGGCCAGUAGCCUGAAAGCUGCCCUGGAUGAAGCACAGGAAAGGCACCGCAGUGACACCAGCAAGAAUCUGGCAUUGGAACAUGAGGUGGCUCAAUUGGAAGCCGAAGUUUCCACCCUGCGGAUGUCUGUCAAGAGCCUAGAAGACAAAACUGCUGCGCAAGAUGAAUCCCAUCAGAUGCAACUGGCUGAAGGGUUGCUAUUGCAAAACAAAUUGCAAGAGGCAAGUGCUCAAUUGGCUCAAGCCAUGAUGACUGAAGAGAUGCAGCAAGAGUUGAUCUCCCGGCUGCAGGGAACUUUGAGGUCCUCGGAGGUUGACUUGUCCCAAAAUCGCACCGACCUCGCAGCCCAGGAGGCUUUGAAGUCACGUUUGGAAGAGGAUUUGGUUCAGCUCCAGACUGAUGCAAGUCAGGGCCAGAAGCUGAUCAAGGAGCUUCGGGCACAGCUCAGCAAAUCAGAGGAUGAGCUCAGUGUGGCCAACACCGCCUUUCAAACUUUGCAGAGCAUGGAAACCGAGCUUCGAAAACAACUUGCUCAACGAGACCAUUUGGUCUCGGAAUCUCGCAAUGAGUUCAAGCUGCAAGAGUCAUUGGCGAGCCAGUUGGAGGAGCGGUUGAAAGAGACCAUGUCAGAGCUCUCUACUGUCCGAAGUGAGUUCUCUUCACAAGAGCAUCGAAUGUUGCAAUUCAGCAAUGGAUUGGAAUCCUCACAAGCCAAGCUGUCUGAAGCCGAAUCCCAAAUUCAACAGCACACGGCAAGAGAAAUUGAGUUGGAGCAACAACUGGCGAUGCUGGAUAGCUCAUUAGCUGCAGCACUCUCAGACAACGAGCUCCAAGCAUCAGCAAAGGCAAAGUUGGAAAGGGAUACUGAUGAACUCCAGUCUAAGCUGGCAGCGGCUGUGCAAUCGGGAGACCUGCAACGCCAAGAGCAGCUUGCGCUCGAGGAACAGCUGGGUGGGCUCCAAUCUGAGCUUGAAAACGUGAAAGGACUUUGUGACACUCAGAAGAACUUGAAAUCCCAACUAGAGGAGCGACUGAAAGUGACAGAUGCAGAGCUUUCUGGAGCGCUGAGUAACGCAAAGGCUCAAGAGAAACUUGCCGCUGAGCUGAAGCAGUACUUGCAGAAUGCUGAGAGUGAGUUGGUGGCAGCUAACAUUGAGAUGAAGGAUAAAGAGGGUGUCAUUGUGUCCUUGGAGAACGACAGCAAAGAGGCCAAGGCUCAGGUGGAGCUUCUCUCGACGAAGCUCCUUGAAAGCCAGCAGGUUGUUGACAGCCACAGUGAUCGGGCCGCAGAACUACAGAUUCGUAUAUCAGGUUUGGAGGAGGAGCUGACCUUGGCUCGAAAAGAGGGAGAAUCCUUGCAGGGAGCGGAAGCCGAUUUAAAGGCGACACUGGCGCAGAAGGAGUUUUCCUUGCUCGAGGCUUUAGCGAGCUCAGAGGCACGCAGAGCCAAUGAAGCGGCACUGCGAAGUGCCCUACAGAAUCAAGAGAAGCUUUUGGCAGACGAACGAGUUGCAAAAGAUACAGCCGAGCGGCAACUGGUGCAGAGCGCCACUCAAUUGGCAGAAAUGCAGGCAGAUCUGGCUGAGAUGCAAAUGAGUCGAGAUGAGCAGAACAGUCUGACUCAGACUUUGCAGUCCCAGCUGAGAAGUAGCGAGGUCGCAUUCAACGCCAAGCUGGAGGAAACUGCUCACUCUGAGUCCACCUUGCGAGAGAAAUUGCAGGAACUAUCAAGCCAGCUCAAUUCCAAGCGCAAGCUUCUUCCAGAUCGCUCGAAUGCAGAUGCAGAGCCCGAGAAUGAGUUCCAGCAGAAGGCAAAGCAGCUGCGGAAACGUAUCACUUCAGCUUUAAGACGGGCCGCAGAUGCACAUCAUGCAACCAUUGACUUGGAGAUCGCACGCGUAUUGCAACGAAGGGAGCCUAAGGAAGCCCGGUUGUUUGAGUCCACUGCUCCUGAUGGUGGCGAGGCCAUGCUCCAGACAUUGCUCCACCGGCUGUCCACAAGAAGAUGGCGCCUUGCCCAAGAGCUGGAAAGCCUGCUGGAGCAGGUGAAGAGCACAUUGCUUCUUAGAGAUGCGGAACCGACAGGCAAGCUGUUUCUGCAGGGAGGUUUUCAUGAAACAAAUGCCGUACGGCUGGCGCGAACAAGUCAACUGGCAGGUUCGGUCUCUGAUCUUGAUGAGUUGGUAGCUGAGCGGUUGGAGCUUGACAUCGAACUCCUUGCUCGAGAACUGGUGCUGCUUCGGGCUUCCGGAGCACUGGACGAAGUGCCGUGGUCAGUGGUCAAGGCUCUUGCCACCUUCAGCGGCAUCAUUUUGCCCAGGGAUGGGAAGGAAGAGCCAUUUCCCAUGCAUUGGGCAGCUGACCAUGGAAGGCGGGAUAUCAUGGAAUUUCUUUUGCGGUACCCAGCAGGGGAAGAUUUGCUCCUACAGCGAGAUAGCCAUGGACGGAUUCCUCUGUUUUAUGCAGAACGGGCUGGCAAUGAUGCUUUGGCCUUGUACUUGCGAGAACAUGGGCCAGACCUCCACCCACAGGAGCCAACACUUCAGCGCCCAUCCAGUGCCAACAUUCCAGCAGCCUACGAAGAUGUCAUCAAGGUAGUUGAGGAGAGAGGCUGGCAUGCAGUAAAUUGGAUUGAAGGAUUUACAUUGUUGCAUUGGGCAGCUGAGAAAGGUCUUGCCGACUUCUGCCGGUACUUUGUUGCACUGAAUGCAGACCCCAAUGCCACCGACAGCCGGGGGCGGACAGCUCUUCAAUGUGCAACCGAUUCCCAUCAAAAUGACGCGGAGCUCGUGCUCAGGGAACUAAUGGGUUUGGAAACGAUUGCUGACGCUCGAAUGAAGGAGCCAUACUUCCGCCCGAGAAGUAACAGUGAGGGACCUGAGUCAUCGCAUUGGCCGACCGAGUCGCGGAGAGCCACGGUUGUACAAGCUGUCAGGCAAAAUUUAUCACAAUCAGGAUCGUCAGAGGGAAUUCCUGAAGCAUAUCUCCGUGUGAUGCAGCAGAUUGACCAGAUUGGAUGGGAUAAGAUGUGCUGGGGGCGCGGAUUUACUUUGCUUCACUGGGCUGCCAAGCAUGACAGAGCUGACUUGUGCGAACUCUUCUUGUGGCAUGGCGCUGAUCCUGAACAUCGCGAUGAUAGCAACCGCUCUGCCUUUGAUUAUGCUCGGCUACGUCAGCCCCAAGCCCUGGCAGCACUGGAUGUGCUUCAGAGAGGCAAGCCAACACAGAGGCCGACAGUCCAGCUGCCAAAGGUGGGAUGAGGAGAUGGCAAUGUACAUUUGAGGCUGUUCCCAUUGGGACCAAAGACCGUGCCAAUGGGAACCACCUCUCAGAACCAGCAAGGGUUCAAGGCAACAUUUGUGGGAAGCUGAUGAGUCCUUUUUUAGGUCCGUGUUGCCAAAUGUGGCUUUUUGUAGGCCAGAUGUUUCGAUUCAUUGCAUGCACCUUGGGCUGUAAUCACAGCGAGGCCAACAAUUAGGUGUGGUCCAAUUCAAAAUUCACUUGCAUCCUGCACGAGUGAAAUGGCACAAUCAUUCGUAUGGGCACCCUUGUGCGGUAUGCCCUUCUGGGCUUGAACGAGCGAUCGUGCAGGUGUGCUUGCCGCGUUUUAUGGCAUAUGGAGCACAGCAGUUGUAGCUGCUCACCAAGCUCGCAAGUCCCCGUUCAGGACGGCCAAUGGAGCAUCAAGUGGUCAAAGUGCGCG